AUGCUCCCUCCGCAGAGUGACUGCAGAGACAUUUGCAAGGUGCUGGUGUGUCUAACACAUUCAAGGUUACUCCCCAAGGGUCUUCAACUCCAUGCAUACGUUAUCAAAUUAGGGUUUGAAGCUCUUCCAUUGGUUUGCCAUCAUUUGAUCAACUUCUACUCCAAAACUAACCUUCCUCACUCCUCGCACAAACUCUUCGAUUCCUUUCCCCAGAAGUCCGCCACCACAUGGAGCUCCGUCAUCUCCGCCUUCGCCCAGAACGACCUCCCCCACCUCGCCCUCCGCUUCUUCCGUCGCAUGCUCCGCCACGGCCUCCUUCCCGACGACCACACCCUACCCACCGCCACAAAGUCCUGCGCCGCCCUCUCGUCCCUCCCCACCGCCCACUCCCUCCACGCCCUCGCCAUAAAAAGCGCCAACCACUUCGACGUGUUCGUUGGAAGCUCCCUCGUCGAUAUGUACGCUAAAUGCGGCGAAAUAAACAACGCGCGCAAGGUGUUCGACGAAAUGCCUCAUAAAAACGUUGUCUCCUGGAGCGGCCUGAUAUAUGGAUACUCCCAAUUGGGUCUCGAUGAGGAGGCUUUGAACCUCUUUAAAUGUGCUUUGCAGCAGGAUUAUGAUAUUCGAGUUAAUGAUUUUACAUUGUCUAGUGUUUUGAGGGUUUGUAGUGCUUCCACUUUGUUUGAGUUGGGCAAGCAAGUGCAUGGAUUGUGCUUUAAGACGAGUUUUGACUCGUCCUGCUUUGUGGCUAGUUCAUUGAUCUCGUUGUACUCCAAGUGUGGAGUUGUGGAAGGGGGUUACAAAGUUUUUGAGGAGGUGAAGGUUAGGAACCUUGGCAUGUGGAAUGCGAUGUUGAUUGCGUGUGCUCAGCAUGCUCACACGGGGAAAACGUUUGAGCUGUUUGAAGAGAUGGGGAGUGUCGGGGUGAAGCCGAAUUUCAUCACGUUCUUGUGUCUGCUUUAUGCGUGCAGCCAUGCGGGGUUGGUGGAGAGGGGGAAGCAUUACUUUGGGUUGAUGAAGGAGCAUGGGAUUGAACCCGGAUCGCAGCAUUAUGCAACCAUGGUCGAUUUGCUUGGUCGUGCUGGGAAGUUGGAUGAAGCGUUUCGGGUGAUUGAGGGCAUGCCUAUGGAGCCAACGGAAUCUGUUUGGGGGGCUUUGUUGACUGGGUGCAGGAUUCAUGGGAACACUGAAUGGGCUUCAUUUGUGGCUGAUAGGAUUUUUGAGAUGGGUGCUGUAAGUUCUGGGAUUAAUGUCUUGCUUUCUAAUGCUUAUGCUGCUGCUGGGAGAUGGGAGGAGGCGGCGAGAGCGAGAAAAAUGCUGAGGGAUCAGGGAAUAAAGAAAGAAACUGGUUUGAGUUGGGUGGAGGAGGGUAACAGGGUUCAUACAUUUGCUGCUGGGGAUAGGUCUCAUGGGAAGACCAAGGAAAUUUAUGAGAAGUUGGAGGAGCUGGGAGAGAAAAUUGCGAAAGCUGGGUACGUUGCAGACACGUCUUUCGUGUUAAAAGAAGUGGACGGAGAUGAGAAGAGUCAAACUAUAAGGUAUCAUAGUGAAAGGUUGGCCAUAGCGUUUGGACUUAUUACUUUUCCUCAGGAGCGACCUAUCAGAGUGAUGAAGAACUUGCGUGUUUGUGGUGAUUGCCACACUGCCAUCAAGUUUAUUAGCAAAUGUACCGGAAGGGUAAUCAUUGUGAGGGAUAAUAACCGGUUCCAUCGAUUUGAGGAGGGAAAAUGUACAUGCGGAGAUUAUUGGUGAUGAUGGCAAGGUGAUAAAUAACAUGAGAGUCACUGAACAAAUCAAAUUAUUUUCAGUGGCAGAGGAGGAACAGAAUAACGUGAUGGGAGGGAAAAGGGAAGCCUAUAUAGUACUGUACUCAUACCCCACGAAGAACUCCAAAAGCAAUUUGAAUACCAUUCUUGAGACUAUCAAUUGUUGCAUUUACAAAACCUAGUGUGUUAUAUGACAACCUAAUUUGCACUUUUGUAGAUGUUCCAGGGUAUGACAACCUUCAAAUAUAAAGACAUAGAUAAGAUGCGUGAAUGUGAGAAGUAGCAGUUUUGAUGGCGCUUCUGAUUACUCAGUUGACUUCUCCAUACCAUUUUGAUUGAGGUUGGAACAUCAAUGACAUGCCAGCCAAGUCGCAAGUUUAAAUUGUCAUGGCCGGCAAGUUUUUGUGAUGCUCCUCUGCCAAAGUUGACGUCUGUCGAUACCUGUGAUCUGAGUUUUUUUCUUGCUCUUAAUGCUUUGGCCUGAGAUAUAGACUGGUUAUAUAGUUAUGAUAUAUGGAUUUUAGUUUCAGCAUACUGUGUGUUGUGUGUUCAUCUAAAGUGUAAGGCAUAGCUAUGUUUAGCUGCUCUAAUAACGAUUAUGUAACGGAUCUGACAUCUCCUUGUAUGUAUAUUCUUGG